AUCAGACUAAUGCCAUGUUUCCAGUCUGUUGCCUGUGAAACAUCCGAAAGCAUGGAGAACUUUGUUUUGUAUGAGGAGAUUGGAAGAGGAAAUGCAACAGUUGUUUAUAAAGGAAGAAGAAAGGGGACAAUUAAUUUUGUCGCCAUUGUUUGCAGUGAUAAAUGCAAGAGAGCGGGAGUUUCAAACUGGGUUCGUCUGACUCAGGGACUCACACAUAAGAAUAUAAUGACAUUUUAUGAAUGGUAUGAAACAAGCAACCAUCUCUGGCUUGUAGUGGAGUUAUGCACAGGUGGUUCUCUAGAAUGUCUCAUUGCUCAGGAUGAAUGUCUACCAGAAGAUGUGGUGAGAGAAUUUGGUAUUGACCUGGUUACUGGUUUAUACCAUAUUCAUAAGCAUGGAAUUAUCUAUUGUGAAUUGAAGCCUGGAAAGAUUCUACUGGAAGGGUCUGGCACUUUGAAAUUCAGUAGCUUUUGCCGGGCUAGAGCAGAUGGUGAAGACUUGGAAAAAGUUUUUGCUUUAGCUGGAGCUGAGGAAGGUGAAGAUAUUAAUGAAAACACUCUGCAAAGAUACUUUAAAAAUAUAGUUCAAGACUUUCCAUUCUACACAGCUCCUGAAGCAAUAAAGGGAGACAACUUCUGCAAAGCCAGUGAUCUGUGGUCCCUGGGAUGUUUACUCUAUGAAAUGUUCUCAGGAAAACCACCAUUCCUGUCAGAAAGCCGUUCUGAAUUAAUUGAAAAGAUUUUAUCUGAAGAUCCAUUGCGACCAGGACCAGAGAGUUCUGCUUUUCACAGACCUUCUGCUGAGUUCAUCAGUUUGCUUGAUGGGUUACUUCAAAAGGAUCCUCAGAAAAGGCUGAAUUGGACAGACCUAUUGCAGCAUCCAUUCUGGAAAGGAUCCCUUAGCCAUUGUGGUGUUGGUUCUGCAGAUAGACAGAGCACAAGCUUGAGCAGAGAAGACACAGAGUCAUCAGUUUUUUGUAGUGCCAAAGAGUCAGUGGAUGAUCAUGAAAAUACAGAUAACCCGUCAUCUUCAAGGGCAGGUCUUAAACCACCAUGCAAUUCUUUCAAAAUAGAAACUCAGACUGAAUUGCGGCCCAAAAGUGUAGUUGAUGGUGAAUCAAAUGAAUCCAUAUUUCUUCUCAGUUCUCGUCCCACACCUAGAACUAACUCUGCAGUAGAAGUAUGUGAUGCUGCUACUGUCCCAAUCAAAAAUUCUUCACAAGGAGAUUCGUGGUUGAAAAAAGCUGAAAAUGUGUGCUCAAGUCAGCAGGAUAUGGAGUCAAAAUUGAAAGAGCUCAUUUACACUGAAUCUGAUCUUGUCGUGACACCAAUCAUUGACAAUGCAAAGAUAAUGAAGCAAGUACCAGUUAGAUUUGACCCGAAAACUUUACAUAUACCAGCACAUUCAGUUGAGAAGUUGUCCUCUAUGAAAGAUGUGGACUGGAAUAACUUUGUGAAAAGAGUGUGUUCCCUGCUUGAAUCCAGCGAGAAGAAUACAGGAGCAGCACGUUCUAAACUGAACUUACUGUACUAUCUGUGCACUUUGGUUGUCCACAAGGAGAUUGCAAACAGGCUAAUUAGCUCUCAGCUUUUUCCUAUAUUGAUACAGCAGUUGCGUACAGCUGCCAACUGGGAUAUACGUGCAAACAUUGCUCGAGUGAUUGGUUUACUGGCAUCACACACAUCUGAACUUGAAGAAAAUGUACCUGUUUCUGAGGCAAUUACACUUUUAACCGAGCUAAUCAGAGAGAACUUCAGAAACAGCAAAUUGAAGCAAUGCUUUCUACCAGCACUUGGGGAGCUGCUUUACCUCAUAGCCAGCAAGGAGGAAAAAGGGGAGCACCCUAGGGAAUGCUGGGCUGUUCCCUCAGCUGCUUACACUGUGCUAAUGAGGUGUCUUCGGGAAGGGGAAGAGCGGGUAGUGAACCAUAUAGCAGCAAAGAUAAUUGAGAAUGUUUGUACUACUCGUUCAUGCCAUGCACAAGGAUUUAUUACAGGAGAAAUUGGACCUGUCUUGUGGUACCUUUUCACACAUUCUACAGGAGAUUCUUUGAAGAUAACUCCUAUUUCGGCUUUGUGCAGAAUUACUCGUUCCUCACCUAAUGCUUUCCAGAGUGUCAUUGAAAAAGUGGGAUUAACAGCUAUACUAAAUUCCUUGGCAAAUGGAAUAUGCAAAAUUCAGCAGUACAUGCUCACGAUGUUUUCAGCAAUGUUGUCAUGUGGGAUUCAUCUGCAGAGGCUGAUUCAAGAAAAGGAUUUUGUGACUACAAUUACUCGUCUACUUGAAAGUCCUUCAACUUUUAUUCGAGCAAAAGCCUUUCUGGUCUUGCUACAAGUUUUAAUUAAUAACAGGGAGAUGUUGCUCCUCAGUUGUCAAACACGACUCAUGAUGUAUAUUGAAAGAGACAGCAGAAAGACCAUGCCAGGAAAAGAGCAGCAAGGUGGCAGUGAAUACCUGUCAAAAUGCCUGGAUCUUCUCAUCUAUCACAUUGUGCAGGAGCUGCCAGGAAUUCUAGGUGACAUUCUCAGUGCCCUAGCUAAUGUCUCUGGACGUAAACACCCAUCAACAGUUCAGGCCAAACAGCUGAAGAUGUGCCUUCCUAUGAUGCCUGUAGUGCUUCAUCUUGUGACAUCCCAGGUGUUUCGUCCCCAGAUAGUCACAAAGGAGUUUCUUUUCAACUAUGGCAUCUUAGUUGAAUUCAUCAGAUCAAUAGAUUCAGGAGAAACAAUCUUGGAUAGAGCAAUAGGGCAAGCUGCAUCAGAAGAAUUGAUUAAGACUACUUUAUUGACCUUUGAAGCAGUAACAGAGCAUCCCAGCUUGCUGAUGACCCAUCGCGUGACUGUUGAAGACUCUAUUGUCCCACCACUUAUUUCUUUGGUCCACAGUCAUAAUGUGGAAUGGAGACUCUUCAGCUUGCGUUUGCUCUCAGAAACCACAUCAGUGCUUUUAAGCCACGAAGUCGUGGGUGAGGAGAAAGGGGAGAGCCUCAACUCAAACAACAAGCUUCUGUCUCUCAUUAGAGAUUUACUGCUGCCUCAGUAUGAGCACAUUCUGCUGGCUCCAGACCCAGUGCCAAUGUAUGCUCUGAAACUGCUGGUGGCCCUGACUGAGCGCAGCCCUGCUUCUGUGAGCCUCCUGGAAGAAAUCCAUCUUUUUCCAGUUCUUUUCCAAGUCAUCUUGAGAUACCAGGACAGUAUACUUGGGAAUACAAUGCAAACUGUAGUUGCCUUACUGAAUAAUAUUGUUGCUAACAAAAGUAUGAACAUGAUGAUACUCUUUCAAGAAGGACUGACUCAUCACGUCUGUAAUCUCCUAACAGAAGCUGUGGCCCUGUACUUGGAGGCAGAUGAUAAAAGGAGCACCAAGACGGCAAAUGUGCUGCUUCUGUCCUUACUUGACAUUUUGCAAUACAUGCUGACAUAUACAGCAAACAUUGUGCGCCAGACUUUGCAGGCACAGAAAUCUGGGGCAGGAGGGGACACACAGGCUGCCGAAGACCUCCUUCUUAUCAAUAAACCCCUGACGGACCUGACUAGCCAGCUUAUUCAACUGCUUCCCAGUGACGAUACUGAAAUAUUUUUGAGUGCCUCACAGAGCUUAUUAUUGCUGGUUCAGCUGUAUGGAGGGAGUAAUCAGGAGAGUAUGUCUCCAGAAAACAUGGACAGCUUUGCUGAAGUACUGAAGUCCAAAGAAGAUCCACGAGAACUUAAGCUUUUGUUGAAAAUUGUUAAGAGACUGAUAACUUCAAACAAGAAGCACUUGGAGAGCCUGAAGAAUGAUGGCGAUGCUCUUAUCCAGGCUCUAGAGAGCCUGGUCCAAACUGCCAGAUGCUCAGCAGAUCAAAUUCCAGAUGAUGCCAUUGAGGACUGUUGUGAUACAGUAAGCUCUCAUGUUGACACUGCUGUAGCCUCCUUGGCAUUUGAAAUUCUGAGAGCGGUGGGACAUGAAAAUAUCAAGACUCCCAAGUGAACAAUUUUUGACCAGCCUUCUGAAAUGUGCAGGUUGUGUACCCUGCUCAGCACCUUGGUCCUGCAGGAACAUCUUCACAUGAGCUGAGCAUUUAGCAAUCUGAGCUGCAGCAUAUGCAGAAUUUAGGCUCAGGAACGGAGGGAAGCUGGUUCAGGGGUGGGGAGGGGGUGGUUUGUUUUUUAAACCCCUGUAAGGAUGAAUUCUUGGUUACUACUUUGCUAUGCUGGCUUUACAUGAUGUAGCUCAAGUAUUUGAUAGUUUAAAAGUGUAAAUGAA